AUGAAGCGCGUUCGAAACCGGACCUUCAAGCAGCAAUCCAAGCAGCCGCCCGAGCCAAAGUACCAGCGGAUGGCCGACAUCGAGGAUCUGGACGCGCUUAAGAAGAAGAAGAGCCUCCUCUACUUCAAGCUCAAGGAGAUCCUCAAGCUCGAGAAAGAGAAGCAGGCGCGGGGGCACGCAGCCUCCCCCCCUAGCGCAGCCGCGGCGGCGGGCGGCGUGGUGGACAGCGCUGCCGAGGGCGUCACCGACGAGCAGGGGUGGCAGGCCCAGGGGCGGCACGCGGGCCCCCCGCCGCACGAAGGGCCGCCGCCCCACCCGCACGGGUACGGCAAGCGGGGCUGGUGGGCGCGGUGA